CAACAACAACAACAGCAGCAGCACCAACAACCACAUCAACCAUUGCAACAACAACAACAGCAGCAACAACCACAUCAACCAAUGCAACAACACAUGUUACAACCCAUGGUCGUGGUGCCGAAUCAACAUAUGGCACAACCUGUAUUCAAAACACCUGCUGUCCCUACUGCUGGUUUACAAAUACCCACACGAGUACCUACCACGACGACCCCCGUUAUGCCAUCUCCCGCCUCUCAACCUACAACAACAACAACAGCAGCAGCAGCAUCCACACCCACAACAAGCAAACAAGUGGCAUCGAACUCGGCAGGAGAUAGUCGUAUUGAUUAUGAGGCAUUGACAGAUGUGAUGGGAUACGCAGGAGUAGAUUUAAAAGAGGAAGCAGAACAUUUUAUGAAGGAUCAGGAUGUGCCUACAGGUAUUUUGCCCGAUGGUAUUGAUCGUUCCAAGAUGCAAGAUUUUAUGAAUACGGACAUGCUGACCGAUCGUAUUUUGCGACACGCUAAACGUGUGGAUAUCAAGGAAAUUGAUGAUGACUUUGUUUCGUAUGUGGCGCUGGCAGCUCAAGAUCGUAUCCGGACGGUCAUGGAAAGUAUGAUUUCUGCUUCUAAACAUCGUACGUUGGACCCGUUUCAAAAGAUGGAAGGAAAAGGGUUUACCAUGUGUGUGAAACAAAAUGUGGGAGUCCAAUUAGAAGCGUUGCGUCAUGUGGCAAGGCAAACCGAACUGGAUUUAGAUCCCAUGGAAGAACAAGAUGAAAAAGAGAGAGGGUUGGGAUGGUACUCGGAUCGUGCUCGUCUUCCUUUGAAGAGAGUGGUGGUGCAAGAUGCACGCAAGAUUACAGUACAGGAUGCCAUUUUUGUCAUGGAGAGGGAUGUCCAAGGUGGAAGAGGAACAAAUCAAAAGACACUUUUAAGAGCUUAUAAUGAAUGGUUAUCUUAAUAAAAAAAAAAAAUUUUUUUUGUGUGUGUACAUAUAUAUUUCUUUUUUUGUAUAUGGGGGGUUUUUUUUUUUUUCGUUUUCGUUUGUAAUUUUAAAUGAUAAAUAAUAAUAGAAAAAAAAUUGUCGGUACCACUCGUCAAAUGUAAAAAAGAGGAUGAAAAACCUCAAGUUACAACUACUUUUUUGAACGAAACCAUGACGAUCUGUCCUACCUUUCCCGAAGGGCACAAUCCAUUUUUUUUAGGAAAGACCACAGGAUAGAGG